CCUCAAACCACACCCACCAUUCUCCAACCCUCACCCAAACCACUCAAUCUCAAUGCCCCCCCGGUCAUGUAGUUGACAGCCCUCCAAACGAAAGAUUUCACAAGCAACCUGGCGGCGAAAUGACGUAUCUCCCCUCGUCAGCAACCACUUUCACCAUUCCGUCGAUCUACGACGGCAUCCACCUCGACUGUCGCGUGUAUCUGCCCCGCGAACUCACACAUUCGGACGACGGCGUACCGACCUGGCGCGUACGCGGCGCGAUAGUCGCUCAUCCGUACGCGCCGCUGGGUGGGUGCUGCGAUGAUCCCGUAGUGAGUUUUGUGGGAGGGGAGCUUUUAGAGCAGGGGUAUGUGGUGGGGACUUUUAACUUUCGCGGCGCGGGCAGCUCAGAAGGUCGAACAAGCUGGACAGCCAAACCCGAACUGGGAGACUAUGUAUCGUUCUAUGGAUUCAUGCUUCUCUACCUGCAUAUCCUAAGAAUUGGACGGGUCCCAUCAGGGGCGAGCCCAUCAGGAGACACAGCCCCAGAUGUCCGGAUCAUCCUAGGGGGCUAUUCCUACGGGUCAUUAAUCGCCUCGCAUCUCCCAACGACAGAAGCCGUCAUGGAUCUCUUCCGAUCCAACGUCUUGGGUACACCGGCGGACCAGAUCUGGCAGAUGGCGAAGAGGGUGUCUGACGAGACCGUCCUACAAUCACUGUCUCUUCCCGGCGGCUUUUCAGGUCUGGGUAGACUCAAGGACACUCUGGACAUGGACGUUUCCAAGGUAGAUGCGUCGUAUUUGCUCGUGUCGCCCCUGUUGCCCCCCGUGAACCUGUUUCUCACUCUCUUCUCGAACCUGUCGCUGGAAGUGAGCACGCCCGGCGCGGCCCACAAGAAGCAUGUCCCUUGUCCCAAGCCCGCCGACCAGCUGUGCAGGCAGCGGACGCUGGCUAUCUACGGGGACGAUGACACGUUCACCUCUGCGCAGAAGCUACGGCGCUGGGCACAGGACAUGUCUCAGAACGCGAGCAGCAAAUUCCAGUCGGUUGAGGUGGACGGGGUGGGCCACUUCUGGCGCGAGGAUGGUGCAGAGGCGCGGGCGAGAAGUGCGCUCCGCAAUUGGGUACGGCAGAUCCCAUGAGUGUUAUCAUUUCUAUUUCCCUAUAGUCAGGGAAGGAAAAAGAAAAAGUCAAAACAGGAUUAAUAAUAGUUUGUACCCAACGG